AGCAAUGAGCAGCUGCCUCCCUGCGCUCUCCCUCUCCAGGAGUGACUCGGCUCCUUCCCCCAAGAUGGCAAGCAGCGCAGUUGGGAGUCGCUGGGAAUGAGGGGCUGGCCCCCCGGUGCCAGGCAGGAGCUCUUGGCUGGAGUCGUGUGGCCCCAUUUAGCCCUGGACUAGCCCUGGGCAGGCGAUUGCUCUCUGAGCACUGGCACAGCUGCAAUCCAGAGCUGGCUUCAUCCCCAGCUGGCUGCCAGUGUGCUUGUGGGCCGGGAGGAUGGCUGCAGUGUGACCAGCCCGCACCCUGGCCCAGCUCCCUGCGUGGCGGGCGUGCUACGGCACGGCAAUGAAUGAUGCGUCAACGAUGGAUUAUGAACUGCUGUCCCCCUCCCUGGUGGAGCCCCCCGCCACCGGCCUGGGCAUGGACGCCGAGCAGAAGACGGUCUUCGCCUUCGUCAUCUUCCUCCUGGUCUUCUUGGUGAUGCUCAUGGUGCGCUGCUUCCGCAUCCUGCUAGACCCCUACAGCCGCAUGCCCGCCUCAUCCUGGACUGACCACAAGGAGGGGCUGGAGAGGGGCCAGUUCGACUAUGCGCUGGUGUAGUGGGGCCAGGAGCUCAGUGCGCCACCCCUGCCCCUGCCUUUCUCUGUGGAACUCUACCCUGCCCCCCAGGGAUGCUGCCAGCUGGGAGGGUGGAAGGGGCCUGCCUGGGUUUGUCUCUUUUUUAGGCACUCUCCAUUUUCUCCUCAGGCUGCAGCACCGUGCGCAGCUUGGAUAUUUGGGGGGUCUGGUGAGGGGGUGUCUGGUGUAGGAUGAGCCUGGCGAGCCCUAGAUUCAAAACAGGCCCCCCUCCCCCAGAUGGCAUUCUACCGUGCUUCUCAG